UCCUCCAGGGGUUCAGAUUUCUCUAGUAAUGUAAAUGAUUUCCGAGGCUCCUCCGUGAACUCCGCCCUUCAUGAACUCUUCUCACACCUCUAGAGUUCACUCCUGACCGGGGCUUUGACGGACAUCGAGCCCUCAUCCGUACAGUAAACACACAUAUAUGUGGAGUUUCUAGAGCUGUAUAAUGGCUCUUGCGCGCAGUGUUGGGCUUCUGGCUCUGCUGGUGUCGGUCCAGGCUCUGACCCGGGAGCAGCUCUUCGAUUACGGGAUCCGGGUUGGAGACAAGAUUCUGGAUUCUGGAACCGAUUCGGUUCGAGAGCUCGAGCUGGAGCAGACGCUCUUCUUCUUCAAAAGAGAGUUCGAUAAAGUUUACGUCAACACCAAUGGCUUCAUAUCUCUGGCUGAACCCACCGGUGAGUCUGAGUACCUGGGGAAGAUGCCGGCCAGUUUUGGUAUGAUUGCAGCCUUCCUGGGAGAUCUGGACACCACCGAUGGGGCCGGUUACGUCUAUUUCCGCCAGGAUAAAAGCCCUGAUGUGCUCCAGAGAGUCGCAGAGCACAUCAGCCAAGCGUUUCCUUCUGACGACGAGAUCCAACCCACUCACGCCAUCAUCGUCACCUGGGAGAAUGUGGCACCUCAAGGUGAACGAGGGCCAGGAGGUGAAUAUGCGAGAAAUACUUUCCAGCUAGUUGUAGCAAACAUGAAGUCUGCGUCUUACGCCAUCCUGCUGUAUCCAGAGGAGAACAUGCAGUUCGGCUCCACUCUCAUCGAUGAUGAAGAUCAGCCGGUGGAGGUCGGCUUCAAUGAAGGGAAGGUCCCGGGAUGGUUCAGCUGGGGGUCUACUCAAGGAACUUACUAUCGCAUCACUGAAGACAGCGAGGAGUCUAUAAACGCUCUCGCACAGGAGACAAACUCGUCCCGCCCUCCCAUCACUCAGGUCACGGAGGUCACGGAGGUCACGGAGGUCACGUCUGUGGAGACUGUGGUGGAGUCUCUGGUCCCUGAGCCAUCAGUCCCGUGGAUUCGACACCAUGAGGAUCUUCUGACCUCUGAAGCUCCGUAUGAACCGCUGGCCACCAGUCCAGAGCCGUUCGGAGAGUCGUCCACCCCUGACGAGCCUCAGCAUCGUUAUCGUUACGUUCAGCCUCAGCAGCCGCAGAACCCACAGGUGCUGAUCAUCGAUGAAGACGAGCUGAACGUCGACGUGUUCUCUUAUAAUUACGAGACGUGCUCCAGCAACAAGCACAAGUGCUCUGUGUUCGCCGACUGCAGAGAUUACGCUGAUGGAUACUGCUGUCACUGCAAACCCGGUUACUACGGCAACGGCAAGGAUUGCAUCGCCGAGGGCAAGCCUCAGAGGAUGAACGGGAAGGUCAGCGGCAGGAUCUACGUGGGGGAUUCUCCGUCUCCUGUGGAGUUCUCUAACAACGACCUGCACUCGUAUGUGGUGACUAACGACGGUCGAGCGUAUAUCGCCAUCAGCAGCAUCCCGUCCAGCAUCGGCCCGUCUCUGCAGCCCCUGCCGGCUCUGGGUGAAGCCAUCGGCUGGGCCUUCGCUCUGCAGCAGCCCGACUACCGCAACGGCUUCAGCAUCAUCGGAGGGGUUUUCACGCGGCAGGCCGAGGUGGUCUUCCAGCCCGGGAACGAGCGGCUGACCAUCAGGCAGGAGUUCAGUGGCAUCGAUGAACACGAUCACCUGCUGAUCAGCACUGAACUGGACGGCAGGAUCCCAGAGGUGCCUCAAGGAGCCACGGUCCAGAUCGAGCCCUACAGAGAGAUCUACCAGUACUCCAGCAGCCUGAUCACGUCCUCCUCGCGGCGGGAUUACACCGUUAGCAUGCCCGACGGUAGCGUUCGCACGCACAGCUACUUGUGGACACAGAGCAUCAAGUUCCAGAGCUGCCCGCACGAGGAGGUCCUGAGCGCUGUGCCGGCGAGCCAACAGCUCAGCGUCGACCAGAUCUUCGUCAUGUACGACUCCGGCAACCAGCUGAUCCGCUUCGCCAUGAGCAACAAGAUCGGCUCCAUCCACAGUGGGAUCCCGGAGCAGAAUCCGUGUUUCACCGGGAGACACGGCUGCGACACUAACGCCGUCUGUCGUCCCGCUCAAGGAAAAGACUUCAGCUGUGAAUGUGCGUCUGGAUUCACCGGAGACGGACGGGUUUGUUACGAUGUUGAUGAGUGCUCAGAAAGCCCUCAGAUCUGCGGUCCGUUCAGCGUCUGCAGCAACCAGCCCGGAUCUUUCCGCUGUGAGUGUGUGGAGGGUUUCACGUUCGCCGGUGAUGGACGGACCUGCGUCGAGACGGAGCGUCCCGUGGAUCACUGUCAGAGAGGAACGCACGACUGCGACGCUCCGGAGCGCUCCCGAUGCAGCUACACCGGAGACUCGUCUUAUAUCUGCUCGUGUCUGCCGGGCUUCUCUGGAGACGGACGGGCGUGUCAGGAUAUCGAUGAGUGCCAGCCGGGCCGUUGCCAUAGCGAUGCCAUCUGCCACAACACCCAGGGCUCCUUCACCUGUCAGUGCCGGCCUGGUUUCCACGGCGACGGCUUCAGCUGCACACCUGGAUCCGAUCGUGAGAAGACGGCGUGUGAGCGUCACAGAGAAGCAGCCCAGGCCUCGUCCUCGAGCGGAGGCUUCUUCUUCCGUCCGCGUCCAGCUGUCGGUCAGUACGUGCCCAGCUGUGAUGCUUACGGUGCUUACGAACCCCUGCAGUGUCACGCCAGCGCCGGUCAGUGUUGGUGUGUGGACUCGUCCGGACUGGAGAUCCCCGGAUCCCGAGCGCAGCCGGGCACCAGACCCAUGUGUAUUGAUCACAGUGUGGCUCCGCCCCUCAUUGGCCCCACCCCCAAAGCCGACAUCAGUCCUCUGACUCCUGGAGCAAACCUCUUAUUCAGCCAAAGCGGUAAGAUCGAUCACAUCCCGCUGGACGGCAACCGGAUGAUCAAAGACGAGGCCAAGACUGUUCUGCACGUACCUGGUAAAGUGGUGAUCGCGGUGGCGUUCGACUGCGUGGAGCAGAUGAUCUUCUGGUCUGAUAUCACACAGCCCUCCAUCAGCAGAGCCACGCUGCAGGGAGGAGAAACCUCGCUCCUCAUCAGCACAGAUCUGGGCUGUCCCGAGGGAAUCGCCAUAUAUCAAAAAACAAGAACAUCCACGACUCCACACAAGACAGAAGCCAGACCCGUUUCACGAUUACACCAUCAACCCACCAACCCACCACCGAUCAUCGCUGACCCCGCCUACGGAUACCUGUACUGGUCCGACUGGAACCGCGACGGGCCCAAGAUCGAGCGCUCUGGUUUGGACGGGAGCGACAGGACGGUGCUGGUGCAGGACGGGCUGGGGCUGCCCAACGCUCUGACCUUUGACCCCCAGAGCAGGCGGCUCUGCUGGGCGGACGCAGGAACUCGUAAGGUGGAGUGUAUCGAUCCGUUCUCUGGUCUCAGGAGGAAACUGACCGAAGGGAUUCAGUAUCCGUUCGCCAUCGUGUCUUACGGCAGAAACCUCUACUACACCGACUGGAGGAGGGAUGCAGUGGUUGCUAUGGACCGUCAUGAUGGGAUGGAGGUGGAGGAGUUUCUUCCUCAGAGACGUUCACGUACAUACGGCAUCGCUAUCACUUACCCACAAUGCCCUGCAGGCGUGAACUACUGCUCUCGUGAUAACGGAGGCUGCUCUCAUCUCUGUCUGCCGCGGCCGGGCGGAUUCACCUGCCGCUGUCCCGACGCCAGAGACGGCUCGUGUGUCGAGCAGGACCAGAACUUCUGAGGUUACGAGAGACUGA